UAUGUGUCUGAGUGUGUCCUGCAUCUGUGUGAGAGUCAGUGUGUGCAUCAGUCCCUGUGUGUGUGUGUGUUUAUCCUGCACAUACUACCAGGCAUAGAGUGGGUCUCUCUUGCUCGGUGUGCCCCCGCGUGGGCUCUCCUCCUGGGUGUUGCUAGACAUACAACUCCCCCGGGCUGGUUCUAGGUCUGGGGGUAUGACCAGGGAAGGAAAGCCAGUCCAGAGAACCAACAGGACAUCACAGACCAGGCACAGUUUCUUCAGAUGACACCUGGCAUACCUCUACCACCACCACCAUGGAGGUAUCUUACCUAGACAUUAUAUACCUCUACCACCAUCAGCCAGGCUGCAAUACAAAAACGAAGAUACUGAAAGUUCACUCCUGAUCACUUGCCAUUUGCUAGUUUUUUUGUAUGUUCAUACUGCCUUUGUGGCUUAAACCGGGAUUGGGUGUACAUUAACUUGCCUGACAGCUUUACUAUACACAUUGAAAAUAUCCAUUGCAGGAAAAAUGUGGUUUAGAUAUUUUUGGAGAGAAGCGCAGCUCUCCCUAGCAACUCUAUCCGUCUGACUGGUCAGGUUUUCCUCUCCACCCGUUCGGUCCACCCAUCCAUCAGGGAGCGAGAGAACAUUUAUCAAGCUGUUGACGCUAAGAGGAUCAAUAACAUGAGCGGUUAGCUCUGACCCCUGGCUGAACAUGAGCAGUUAGCUACCAUCCCUGGGCCUCCACGGAUCAUUGACAUCACAGGAGGUUGUGAUCAACCAGGAAGAGAAAAGCUUGACAUGGCACCAACGUGGAAAAUGACCCAUGGAUUUAGGGUUAGAGCGGAAUCCUCACCUUUCACUUGGAGGAAAAGAAACGUUGUUCCUCCACUCAGAUGAAGCAUCAAAAAGUGUACAUUUCCUUGGGUGAAUGAGAGGGAUGAAGUGAUUGAGGAAGAGAUAGCGACAGAGAGAGAGGAGAAGUUGAAUUCUCUGGGGGAAUCCAGCGAUGAGACGUUCACGAUGAAGACCACGGCAAUGUGCCGGAAUGAGUUUGAUGUCCUAGUUGGAAGUCUUCCCAGGAAAAGGAGGGAGAGACAGAUUUUCUCUUUUUGUUGUACUAUUGCAGAAUAUCCUUCUAACAGUAAAAGAGAGAGACAGGGGAUUUCCUGACUUGACUGGUUUCUGGUAGACUUUUCUGUGGAGUUUGUUUUUCAGGAGGGUAUUGAAAGAUCCUUACAUGCCUGACUAUUGACACAUUCGCCUUAACCACUGAAUCCUGGACAAAUAUUUACCAUGGUGUUGUCCCACUGAGCACAGACGUCGGUUCCAAGUGUAGUUUUUAUUUACAUUUGGCUGAGUUGUCAAUUAUUGUAAAUUCAACAUGAAAUCAACAAAAGAAUAUGACCAUGUCAAUGGAUUAAGGUUAAAAGUUAAGUGAAAAAAAUACGAAAUGCCCUUACGGUGAUGACUUUCUGCAAAUCCAAUGAGUUUUCCAUGUUAAUUCAACGUCAUCACAUAGAUUUUUAUGGGUUGAAAUGAUGUGGAAACAACGUUGAUUCAGCCAGUUGUUGCCCAGUGGGGUAGUUCUAACCCCCGGCAUAAACCAGUUCACCAAAUAUCAUUUGGACAAAUGUCACCAUCCCCAGCCAAAUCGAAACUCUGCUUCACUUUGAGAAGCCAUCAAAUUUGACUUUCAAAAACAUGAAAAAGAGGGGAGAGAACCAAACGGUGAGAGACCAUGUUUGUGGGAUUCUAGUCUUUUAUUUUAACCUGUGAGUGACAAUUACUGUAUGAAAACGAGCACACACCUUUAGCUUAAAUGAAGGCAGGUCGCUCUCAGGCGGGACGGGAGAAGAAAAUGAUGCACGUGAACAACUUCCCCUUCAGGAGGCAUUCCUGGAUCUGCUUCGAUGUUGACAAUGGCACAUCAUCGGGACGCAGCCCCCUGGACCCCAUGGCCAGUCCAGGGUCAGGGCUCGUCCUGCAGGCCAACUUUGUCCACAGUCAGCGGAGAGAGUCCUUCCUCUACCGCUCGGACUCGGACUAUGACCUGUCACCCAAGUCCAUGUCCAGAAACUCCUCCAUCGCCAGUGACAUCCACGGCGACGACUUGAUAGUCACACCAUUUGCACAGGUACUGGCUAGUUUGAGAACGGUACGGAAUAACUUUGCUGCACUAACCAACUUGCAACAAGACAGAGCCUCAAACAAGCGGUCCCCUAUGUGUAACCAACAACCACCCAUCACCAAGUCCUCUUUCUCAGAGGAGGCCUACCAGAAGCUGGCCACAGAGACGCUGGAGGAGCUGGACUGGUGCCUGGACCAGCUGGAGACCCUGCAGACCAGACACUCUGUCAGCGAGAUGGCCUCCACCAAGUUCAAGAGGAUGUUGAACAGGGAGCUGUCUCACCUGUCUGAGAUGAGUCGCUCAGGGAACCAGGUCUCUGAGUUCAUCUCCAGCACCUUCUUAGACAAGCAGCAUGACGUGGAGAUGCCAUGUCCACAGACGCAGAAAGAGAGGACGGACAAGAAGAACGCCAAGCCCAUGUGUCAGAUCAGUGGCGUGAAGAAGCUGCAGCACAGCACUAGCCUCUCCAACUCUAAUAUACCUCGCUUCGGGGUCAAAACCGACACAGAGGACCAACUGGCUACGGAGCUUGAGGACAUCAAUAAAUGGGGCCUUAAUCUUUUUAAAGUCACCGAGCUUUCAGGAAACCGGCCUUUAACAGUCAUGAUGUACACAAUUUUCCAGGAAAGAGAUUUAUUAAAAACAUUCAAAAUACCAUUAGACACCUUUAUAACCUACCUGAUGACUCUAGAAGACCAUUACCAUGGUGAUGUAGCCUAUCACAAUAACAUCCAUGCUGCUGAUGUCACCCAGUCCACUCACGUGCUGCUGUCCACGCCUGCUCUAGAGGCUGUGUUCACAGACCUGGAAAUCCUAGCUGCCAUCUUUGCCAGUGCUAUUCAUGACGUCGACCACCCUGGGGUCUCCAACCAGUUUCUCAUCAGCACCAACUCGGAGCUGGCCCUCAUGUACAAUGACUCGUCAGUCCUAGAGAACCACCACCUGGCUGUAGGCUUCAAGCUGCUUCAGGAAGAGAACUGUGACAUCUUCCAGAACCUGACCAAGAAACAACGGCAGUCCCUCAGGAAGAUGGUCAUAGACAUGGUACUAGCUACUGACAUGUCCAAGCACAUGAAUCUCCUAGCGGACCUGAAGACCAUGGUGGAGACCAAGAAAGUCACCAGCUCUGGAGUGCUACUACUAGAUAAUUACAACGACAGAAUACAGGUCCUCCAGAACAUGGUGCAUUGUGCGGAUCUCAGUAACCCUACCAAGCCCCUGCAGCUGUACCGCCAGUGGACCGACCGCAUCAUGGAAGAGUUCUUCAGCCAGGGGGACAGGGAGAGGGAAAGAGGCAUGGAGAUCAGCCCCAUGUGUGACAAACACAACGCCUCUGUACAGAAGAGCCAGGUGGGGUUCAUCGACUACAUCGUCCACCCUCUGUGGGAGACCUGGGCUGAUCUGGUGCACCCUGACGCUCAGGACAUCCUGGACACUCUGGAGGACAACAGGGAGUGGUACCAGAGCAUCAUCCCCCAGAGCCCCUCGCCCGCCCCGGACGAAGCCGACGACGGCAGCGGACGUCCCCCCGGAGGGGACAAGUUCCAGUUCGAGCUCACCCUGGAAGAAGACGGAGAGUCGGACACGGAGAAAGACAGUGGAAGUCAACCAGAAGAAGACGAGGAGAAUAGUUGUAACUCGAAAACGCUCUGCACGCAGGACUCGGAAUCCACGGAGAUCCCGUUGGACGAGCAGCCGGAAGAGGAGGUGGAGGAGGAGGAGGUGGUAGUGGUAGAGGAGGUGGAGGAGAGUGAAGGGGUACGCAGGGAACCAAGUAUGGCGGAGUUGGAGGAGGAGGAUGAGGAGGGAGAGGGGGAAGGGGAGAAGCAAAGUUCGGCCGAUACAUAGCAGCAGGGGAAACUGCGCGGGUUGCCAAACUGCGAGAGAGAGACUGUUGCGUUACAACGGCGAAUCAAGGGACGAGGUGAAUACUAGUAAUCGCCACAAUGUUGGUGAUGUGGCGUCAUCGAUAGUUCCAAAGCGCACGUUGCACUCCUCAAUCCCAGUCUUCUCCUCACUCCACUCCACCUGGAGGCGAUAUGGAGGCACAGACCCCACACCUCCCCUCCCCCCAGGACUCCCUCCCUUGGAGCUCCACACUUUUACACUCAGGAAUAUUUUAGUCGACUUUCUUGCCUCCUUUUUUGUUUACCUUUUUGGUUCGUUCGGCCUAUAGGGAGCGAGGUGGCGCCUUGAGUUCAAAGGCCAAUCUCCACCUCCCGCCUCUCCUCUAUCUCCUACCACUUCCUGUCAAUGCAGGAAGUAAACAGAAAGUGUUCUUUGACUCCAAGACUGAGCACAUGGGCAACACCCAAGAUGCUUGGAACAGUCCUAACUGUAGCGUCAUGGGAGGACAGCCAGAUGGGGGAAAGAUGGAUUGCAAGGUGACCUCUGAACUGCAAGGUGACCCCAGUCCACUAAUACCAUCUGAAAAACCAAUGAGGGAUAUUAUAGGGAGAGACAGACAAAGACAUACUUUGCAAGAGGAUUUCAAAGAGACCUUUUUUUCUAAAGUUCAAGUCUUCCUUGAAACAAGACUGGUAGAAAACGCUGUUUUUGACUCCUCAGUUUUUGUAUUGUAGUAAAACUGAAAUCUUUUUGUAGAUAACUUUUGUUAAUGGAGAGAGUGAGAGAGAGAGAGAGAGAGAGAGAGAGAGAGAGAGAGAGAGAGAGAGAGAGAGAGAGAGAGAGAGAGAGAAAAGAGCAGAGGAAGAUGUUCAAUUAAAUCUUCUUUGUCAUAUAUUGCAUCCAUUGAAACUUGAUUUUUUUUUUUGAAGAGAUAUGUUAUGCCAUAAAAUAAUGCGUGUGGUCUUUCUGGGAAUGUGUGCUUGUCCUGAGUGGAUGUGACUAAGCUCUCUAUACUCAGUCUGCUUUCUUUUGCUCUCCUUCAUCUUCACACCCAGGUAUUUCAGAGAGGGGCAUCUCAGAUGAACAUGCGUGGUUUUCUGUUUGAGAGUGUUGGGGUUCUAACUUUAUUGCAGCUUUAAAUGUACCACCUCUUUUUAUUUUUCAAAGCAGAAAGAAGCUGGUAACUAAUGACCUUAAUUUAAGAACAUAAUAAUUGUAUAUAAUAUACGUAGGCCAUGUUUCCAUUUAAAUAUGACAUGGUAGGUCUUGUUAACAUCCUGAGUAUGUAGUGAUUUAGUUCUAUCCAACCAAAUAUACUAUCCAAAUAGUACUCUCCAGUCUAUCUACACAUUGUUAAAUCUGUUUUUAAAUAGGUGGUACAUUUUUCUCAGCUGUUAAGGAUUAUGCAUAACCCUCAUUGACCUUCAGUUAGCUUCCAUAAACACUCAUCAGUUAUCAGUGAUAUCUGUAACACUUUAGCUUAUAGUCACAUGGCUAUAUCUUCUAUAUUUCAUCAUUUAAAAACUUUAUUCAUCUGAAGUACAAAGGGACUUGAGCUAAUGAUAAAACUGAUGUUUUACACAAAACAAAUAACAAGGUUGUAUUCAUGUACACUCUGUAUGUAUUGCAAAAAAAUUGAAAUAUUUGUCAAAUGAAAAUAGUGACUGUAUUCUAAAGUGUUCCAACACAUGUAUACCUGGUUGUGUUGUAUGGGCUCUGGAUCUGACCCUUUGUGUUGUAAUACAUCAGUAUCCCACGUCUCUCUUCAAUUGGCCUAUUUCAACUCUCUAGCAUCCAUCCAAUAAGGAUUACUAAAAUGACAAACACUUUGACAAUAUUUGCCUUUGUUUUUUUUCCAAUAUUAUUAUUAUUUUGUCUUAUUGGAUUUCACAUUGGACAUUGAGAAUCACCUGCAUAGUUUUAAAAUCUACCUUUCAUAUUUGAAUAGUUCAUAGGUAUGUGUGUAUAUGUAUAUAACUGUACUGAUAGCAUCAAAACCAUUAACAGACUCUUCCAUACAUGCCAUGCCUCAUAUGAGGACACAAUCCCAUAUAAUCCAUGGUAUUCGGGAAAUAAUUCCACUAAAUUGAAGUAGUAGCACAGUAAUUGCAGAUGCUUUAUGUUUUAGCUUUCAUAUUGCAAUAUAUUUUCCAUUUUCAGGGGAAGGACUAGAUAUGGAUGACAUGUCAUUUCAACCCCUAAAUUGCUUUUAUAUUUUUGCCAAAACAACUUCUUUUUCUUCUCCUUCUUCUUCUUCUUCUCCCCUGCUGGACUUGCACAAUGCAGCACACACCAUUAAGUCAGGUGGUUUCUGUGUUGGGUUUUAAUAUUUCUUUAUUUAUAUUUAUUGAUUUGGUAACACUGUCUUUGAGUCACAUGUAGUAAUGCAUUAUGAAGCCUCAUAAAGGCUAUUUAAGGAGUUAUGAGCUGUUAUGAAUGCUUAUAAAAAAAUAUAUGUUUUAUUAAACCUAUAUUUAACCAGGAAAAGCCCAUUAUUAUAGUCCAUUAUGGGUGUGAAAGAAGGCUCUAUGAAUGCAUUAUAUAGACACACGUGGUUAAUAGUGUUGCCAUGGAUUCUUUGUUUUUGUCACAGUUUGGCCAUCCUAAGUAAGACGGCACUGUAGAAUGCACAACCUGUAGCGUAACAACAUGAUGUGGACUCGCAAAAUACACUCUUUGUUCCUGUACUGGUGAUAUGAUGUACGUAGACCAUAGAAAUACAAUGACUAUAAUAGUCACUCUAUAGCCAUUAUAUUUCUAUGCUUAUAAUCAACACUUCUGUCAUACAUGGAGAAAAAAGGAAACAUGUCCACAUUGAAAAGACUUGAACCUGGAUUUUAAAGUAAAAAUGUUAAUAUUUUAUUAUUGGGUAAUGGUAUAUUUCUUUACAAUUUCAUUUCUCGGGCCAUCUUUUUGUUGUGUUUUUUUUUGCUUGCCUCACCGGACGACCUUACCUGUUAAUGGAUUUUUCUCAUUUGUCUCUGUUUACAACCAUGUAUUUAUUAAGCUGUACAUAUUGUAGUGUUGCAUUCUGUAAAUGACGGAUUCUUACUCUAUCAUCCGAUGGUGUUGGUGUAUUUGGAAAACCUCUUGUUGAGAGAAUGUUUAUUAUGAUCCAUACUUACCCAAUGUAUAAAUCUCUUCUGUACAAAAAUGAUAAAA